AUGAAAGCAAUAAUGAAUGGUUCCCUUUGUUUAAGGAAAAUUUUCCUGUGUUCUAUUUUCGUAUUGGUAUAUCUCAGUUCUGCUAAGUGUGCGUACCGAGACGGAUCUGACAUAUUGUACAGCGAAGACUCCACAUAUGAUUUAGCAAUCAACGAAGCAUCCACCAACAGCUAUGAAUCUUUAGCAGCAAGUAUUGAAUCUCUAACAGCAAGUAGUGAGUCUCUAGCAGCAGGUAGUGAAUCUCUAGCAGCAAGUAGUGAAUCUCUAACAGGAAGUAGUGAAUCUCUAACAGCAAGUAGUGAAUCUCUAACAGCAAGCAGUGAGUCUCUAGCAGCAGGUAGUGAAUCUCUAACAGAAAGUAGUGAAUCUAUAGCAUCAAUUAAUGAAUCCCUGAAUGACUUUUAUGGCAGCGAAGAAUUGAUAUCAUGUGAAGGAGAGCCAAAUAAAAAGAGAUUCAUAGGAGAUGUCUUAAGGGAUGGAAUAUCUGAGGAUGAUCUAUUAAGAGAAGAUUUAUUUCAUGUACAAGAAGGAUCCGAAGAAAUGCUAAAUGACGUUUUAAAAAAUCAUUCCCAAAAAGAUUUAUCUACUAGCGAAAAUAGUUUAUUCGAAGAUGAUCAGUCAUUGAAAAGUGGCUUCAGAAAAAACUGCUCAGAAACUAGUCUGGACAGCUAUAUGGGAAGUUUUAAAAAUGGAAGAUCUAGACACGGAUUGGAUAUAGAUUCGGAUCCACAUAGAAGGCCUACGCAUGGAGGUAAUGAACCACAAGGAGAGGAGAAAUCUGUGAACUUCAAAGAACAUCUAGGGAGACAAAGGAACCAACAAAGGAAUAGUGUAAAUAUAAAAUUAAAAAAUUUUUACGGAGAAGAAAAAAUGUAUAAUUCGAAGAAAAAUAGAUUUAUUAUAAAAUUUAUGUACUAUCUGCCGUUUGUCCCAAUUGUUGCAGUGAUAAUAAUUUUAAUGAUUCUUCUACUCACGACCCCCAAGAUUGGUUUGACUUUUUUGUUAUGUAGCCCUGCUGUUAUAGCAGCUUUUAUAUACGUGAUGUAUUCAAACAGAAAACAAUUCAAACGUACAUUUGGAACAAGGAGAUAA